AAGGAGGAGGAGGCGGAGGGAGGGAGGAGGAGGAGGCCCCGCCGCGGCCUUCGCCGCCGCCAACGGGGCUGUCCCUGUAGCUCCCGAUGGAGUUUGAGGCCCUGAAACCGCCGCCGAGCUCUGCCCCGGCGAGACGAGGCGCCUCCGUCGCCGAGCCGCGCCGUCGCGGGGCCCCCGGGAGCGGCCCUUAGCGACCCCGCCCGGGCCCCUCAGUACCGGGGAUUGAAUUUAAAGCUUCACAAGCAUUAGGCAAGUGUUCUACCACUGAGCCACAUCCCUGACCAAACUUAUAAAACACUACACAACAAAAUAAUGAUCUGCUAGACUGCUAACCCGAGCAUCAGCUUCCACAAUGCCUGUGCAGGCAGCUCAAUGGACAGAGUUCCUGUCCUGUCCAAUCUGCUAUAAUGAAUUUGAUGAGAAUGUGCACAAACCCAUCAGUUUAGGUUGUUCACAUACAGUUUGCAAGACCUGCUUGAAUAAACUUCACCGAAAAGCGUGUCCUUUUGACCAAACUGCCAUAAACACAGACAUUGAUGUGCUCCCUGUCAACUUUGCACUGCUUCAGUUAGUUGGAGCCCAGGUACCAGAUCAUCAGUCAAUAAAAUUAAGUAGUCUAGGUGAGAAUAAACACUAUGAAGUGGCAAAAAAAUGCGUUGAAGAUUUGGCACUCUACUUAAAACCACUAAGUGGCGGUAAAGGUGUAGCUAGUUUGAACCAGAGUGCCCUGAGCCGUCCAAUGCAAAGGAAGCUAGUUACUCUCGUAAACUGUCAACUGGUGGAAGAAGAAGGUCGUGUGAGAGCUAUGCGAGCUGCCCGCUCACUGGGAGAAAGAACUGUGACAGAACUGAUCCUGCAGCACCAGAACCCUCAGCAACUGUCUGCCAACCUGUGGGCUGCUGUCAGGGCUCGAGGAUGCCAGUUUCUAGGGCCAGCUAUGCAAGAAGAAGCCUUGAAGUUGGUGUUGCUGGCAUUAGAAGAUGGUUCUGCCCUCUCAAGGAAAGUUUUGGUACUUUUUGUUGUGCAAAGACUGGAACCAAGAUUUCCUCAGGCAUCAAAAACAAGUAUUGGUCACGUUGUGCAGCUACUGUAUCGAGCUUCUUGUUUUAAGGUUACUAAAAGGGAUGAAGACUCUUCCCUCAUGCAGUUAAAGGAGGAAUUUCGGAGUUAUGAGGCACUGCGCAGAGAACAUGAUGCCCAAAUUGUUCACAUUGCCAUGGAAGCAGGACUCCGUAUUUCACCUGAGCAGUGGUCCUCACUGCUGUAUGGGGACUUGGCUCAUAAAUCACACAUGCAAUCUAUCAUUGAUAAGCUACAGUCUCCAGAAUCAUUUGCAAAGAGUGUCCAGGAAUUGACAAUUGUUUUGCAACGAACAGGUGACCCAGCUAAUUUAAAUAGACUGAGGCCUCAUUUAGAACUUCUUGCAAACAUAGAUCCUAAUCCAGAUGCUGUUUCACCAACUUGGGAACAGCUGGAAAAUGCAAUGGUAGCUGUUAAAACAGUGGUUCAUGGUCUUGUGGACUUCAUACAAAAUUAUAGUAGAAAAGGCCACGAGACACCCCAGCCUCAGCCAAACAGCAAGUAUAAAACUAGCAUGUGCAGAGACUUACGACAACAGGGGGGUUGUCCACGAGGAACAAAUUGUACAUUUGCCCAUUCACAGGAAGAGCUUGAAAAGUACCGAUUAAGGAACAAAAAGAUGAGUGCAACUGUAAGAACAUUUCCUCUUCUGAAUAAAGUUGGCGUAAGCAACACUGUUACAACCACAGCUGGAAAUGGCAUUCCUGUCAUAGGAAGUACUGAAACAUCUGGGAAAAUUGUUCCAAGUACAAAUGGAAUUUCAAAUGCAGAAAACAGCAUUUCCCAGCUAAUUCCUCGAAGCACUGACAGUGCAUUAAGGACCCUGGAGACUGUGAAGAAAGUCGGGAAGGUUGGCACUAAUGGCCAGAAUACUGCUGGGCCCUCUGCAGAGUCUGUGUCUGAAAAUAAAAUUAGUUCUCCACCCAAGACUCCUGUAAGUAAUGCAGCAGCUACCUCCGCUGGGCCCUCUAAUUUUGGAACAGAGCUGAGCUCCGUGCCUCCCAAAUCCAGCCCGUUUCUAACUAGAGUUCCAGUAUAUACUCAGCAUUCUGAAAGCAUUCAGUAUUUUCAAGAUCCAAGGACUCAGAUAUCCUUUGAAGUCCCACAAUACCCACAAACAGGGUACUACCCACCACCUCCAACAGUCCCAGCUGGUGUGACUCCUUGUGUGCCUCGCUUCGUGAGGUCCAGUAAUGUUCCAGAGUCCUCCCUCCCACCUGCUUCCAUGCCAUAUGCUGACCAUUACAGCACGUUUUCCCCUCGAGACCGAAUGAACUCUUCUCCUUACCAGCCCCCUCCUCCGCAGCAGUAUGGACCAGUACCUUCUGGGAUGUAUGCUCCUGUGUAUGACAGCAGGCGCAUCUGGCGCCCAGCUAUGUAUCAACGAGAUGACAUUAUUAGAAGCAAUUCUUUACCUCCAAUGGAUGUUAUGCACUCCUCUGUCUAUCAGACAUCUUUACGGGAAAGAUACAACUCAUUAGAUGGAUAUUAUUCAGUGGCUUGUCAGCCACCAAAUGAGCCAAGGACGACUGUGCCUUUACCAAGGGAGCCUUGUGGUCAUUUGAAGACCAGUUGUGAGGAACAGAUAAGAAGAAAGGCAGAUCAGUGGGCGCAGUACCAUACCCAGAAAGCACCUGUCUCUUCAACUCUGCCUGUGGCAACACAGUCACCAACACCACCUUCUCCUCUCUUCAGUGUCGACUUCCGAACAGAUGUAAGAAAGUUCUCUGAGAGUGUGAGUGGCACAAAAUUUGAGGAAGACCAUCUUUCCCAUUAUUCUCCCUGGUCUUGUGGCACCAUAGGCUCUUGUAUAAAUGCCAUUGAUUCAGAGCCCAAAGACGUAAUUGCUAAUUCAAAUGCUGUGCUAAUGGACCUGGAUAGUGGAGAUGUUAAGAGAAGAGUGCAUUUAUUUGAAACGCAGAGAAGGACAAAAGAAGAAGACCCAAUUAUUCCCUUUAGUGAUGGACCCAUUAUCUCAAAAUGGGGUGCAAUUUCCCGAUCCUCCCGAACAGGUUACCAUACAACAGAUCCCAUCCAGGCCACUGCUUCCCAAGGAAGUGCAACUAAGCCCAUCAGUGUAUCAGAUUAUGUCCCUUAUGUCAAUGCUGUUGAUUCAAGGUGGAGUUCAUAUGGCAGUGAGGCUCCAUCAUCAGCACACUAUGUUGAACGGGACAGAUUCAUUGUUACUGAUUUAUCUGGUCAUAGAAAGCAUUCCAGUACUGGAGACCUUUUGAGCAUUGAACUUCAGCAGGCCAAGAGUAACUCAUUACUUCUUCAGAGGGAAGCUAAUGCUCUGGCCAUGCAACAGAAGUGGAAUUCCCUGGAUGAAGGCCGGCACCUUACUUUAAAUCUUCUAAGCAAGGAAAUUGAACUGAGAAAUGGAGAGAGUGAUUAUACAGAAGACACAGUAGAUACAAAGCCCGAUAGAGAUAUUGAGUUAGAGCUUUCAGCACUCGACACUGAUGAACCUGAUGGACAAAGUGAGCAGAUUGAAGAGAUCCUGGACCUACAACUUGAUGUCAAUUCUCAGAGUGAUCAGUUGCUGAAUGGAGCAGCAGUGGAGAAUGGCCAUGCAGGCCAGCAGCGCCAGAGGGACACAGUGAAGCAGGAGAGACAGAGCUUAGGUGAAGAACGUGUGACCCUGGAGGAGCAAAAAACAGUUCUGCCGGUAACGUCUUGCUUUAGCCAGCCACUCCCAGUGUCUAUUAGCAGUGCAGGCUGCCUCCCCAUCACCACAUCUGUCAGUGUUGGCAACCUCAUUCUGAAAACUCAUGUUAUGUCUGAAGAUAAAAGCGACUUUUUAAAACCUAUUGCAAAUGGGAAGAUGGUUAACAGCUGAAAGGAGGCUCAUCUUUCAAAUUUGUGACCACACCAUGGAAGCAUUUACACUAGCUUUUUAUAUAUAUAUAAUAUAUAUUAUAUAAUGUAUAUUUUUUUUAAAAAAAAGAUAUUACUGGGGGCAUCCAUUUCCUGUGGACUCUUUGAUACUUCAAGCCCUCUUGCAUUAGCAUUAUGAAAAAAAAAAGAAAAUUUACUUUACUAGGGUAACGUUCACUUUCCAGAAAUUAUUGGAAUUUGGACAACAUUUAACUUAAGCUUCAAGCAGCUUUUUAUGAGUUUGUAGCAAUCCGGUGCAGUAACUGAGCCAUUUCCUAUUUUAAAUGGCUUCUACAGUAAAUUAACAACUCAGUUAUUAAACUAGCAGGAUCCUACAAUGAUACAUCUAGUGAAAGUAGAGUUAAUUAAUUUAUUUCUAUUUUAUGUUUCACUGAGAGAAAUUUCCAUCUCAUUCCAGCUGCUUUAUUUAUCUUUUUUAUUGGACUUUGCAUGGAUUUUUCUUUUCCUUUUUCUUUUUUCUUUUUCGUUUUUGAAGAGUGGAGAUAGAUGUUCUUACCAUAGAGUUUUACAGGGUUAUAUAAUAGCUUUCUUUACUGCAUUAUAUGUAGAAGUGUGGUGCAGUGCUUUUAUCUGUAGCAUUUAAUUUUUAAUUUUCCAUUUUUCAAGAAUAGUUUCUGCUUUGUUAAUAUUUAUAUACAGGCUACUUGUUGAAGUAAUUAAUUAAAAAUAUAACCAAGUGCCUAAGUCUUUCAGCUGAUGUACUAGAUAUUAAAUUCUCCUAAGUUAUGCAGAAUCGUUUUUACAGUUUUGAUAAAUUAUGCACUAAUGUAAUGGCAAUUUUUUAAAAUGCAGAUUUAAGCCUGUACAUUAUUGAAUCUGAUGACUUGGCAAAAGAAUCAGGUGCUUUCACCUUUCUUGAGAAAACCCUGUCUGUAGCGUUUGCACUGACUAACAAGAUGGUCUUGCUGGGUCUUUAAUUUAAAUUUAAUUAAUUUGGGUGUUCAUUGCAUUGUUUUAGUUAGAUAUUGUUCGUUGUUAAUUUCAUGUUGGGUUUAAUUUUCCUUGUUUUCUGACUGUUAGAUUGAUAAGACUAUGAACCAUGUAGUAGUAGAACAUUGGCUAACAUUUACCCAUACUUAAGAACAUGAAUAAUUUCUGCCCUGCCAUAAUGUGACUGGAAUUUUGACUUGGCAUCUAGAAGUAUGCAGUAUGCUCAACCAGCCAUUUGUGGGUGGUAUUUUAUUGAAGCUUAAAUUUCAGUCACCAUUUGAAAACAAAGCUGGGCAUUCCUUCCUGGUGGUAAUCUUACCUAUAGUUUGUCUUUUUGUUUUUCCUCCAUUUCUUUACGAUUAGUUUGACUUUUAUUAUUUUUUAAUUAACUUCUGUGAAGUUGUUUACUCUGAGAAUUGUACUGGAAUAUUUUAAGCCAAGCUGAUCUUUCACCAGGUGUACUGUAUGUAAGGGCUUCUCCUGCUAGCAAGAUGCUUAAACAGGAUCAUGUUAUUGGUCGUCUGAGCUAUUUAGUUAUUUUACAAAAAACCACAGCAUUGUAUCAGAUAAGAUUUUGAUAAAAGUUUUGUGCACAUUUCCAGGGGUGGGAGGGUUGACAUUUCCCUGAAAUUUCUUGAUUGGAAUGAGUAAAUACUGGUGUUUGAUACCUGUCUUAAUGAACAUGCUCAUAAGGUGACUGAUAAGUUGUAAAUAAUACCUGAGAAACAAAGGGGUAGUUUUGAUAUUCUGGUGUCAGUAUGGAAGAUCUUACACAUUUAUUUAAUACUUAAGUGUAUGAAGAUGUUUGUUUGUAGCAUAACAGCACAGUAGCCUUGACUUAGUUUCCUUUGGUUAGUACUGUACCUUUUUGCCAUGGCCAGUGCUCCCCAUCCCUACAAAGACAUUUUAUUUAUUUCACUAUGUAACCUGAAAUGAAUAGGAACAAGAGUUUUAAACCAUGUUACAUUAACUUAUUUCUGACAUUAUAAAUUAGCUUAGGAUGUUACAGGAACAUGAUUGUUGUAUAAUUUAUAUCAGAACCUUUCUAUGAAUAUGAACUUAUUACAUUUAAAACGCUUCCAGUGUUCUUUUUUUUUUUGUUUGUUUAUAAUUCCAAAAAGGUUAUGUAAACCAGUCUGUCUGUUUCAUGGAUAUUUAAUAGUGAGAUCUUCCAUGUUGAAGGUAAUGUAUUUUUUUUUAAGAUUUUAAAAUUGCUAUUUUGUUACAAAAUAGAGACCUAUUAACAGUUGAGAGCUCCUUAUGUGCCCUCAGGGAAAGAACCCUCCGUGCAACAGAACUACACAAACAUCUUCAGCACUUUCUGAGGGUGAUUAUAUACUACAUAAAUUGAUCUUGUGUAUUUAACCUUAUCUUUUUCAUUUUAAGAUUGAAAUUUUGAAGCGUGGCUGUGCUCUGCUGGAGGGGUUGGGAUGCUUAGGUGUUUGCCUAUAUCUGUUGAGUAAAUUACAUUUGCAUCAGUAUGUGUACUUGCCAGCCUUAUUGGUAUGUCUCACACGCUUAGAGUAAAAUAAUGCUUGUCUUGCAGCAGAUGAUCCCAUAAAGUAAUAAUUCCCUACUAUUCUUACAUUUUUACUCUUUCUCACUAACAACAUAGGAAUUGUUUCUGUGUUGAUGUUAUUUUGUAUUGCAUCUUUUAUGUGGUGACAACCUACUGUCUGUUUUGGUGAGUUUAAUGUGAAAUAAAGCCAUUGGAUCUCUGCCACUUCAGAAGAAAGAACAGUUCAUCUGAUCUUUCUUCAAAAUGGUACCUACUGAUAUCAUAGAGGAAGAUAGUACAAGCAUACAUAGAAGAUGGCUUUUUAAAAUUGGGGGCAAUCAUCAGUUUGACCCUUUACCAAGCCAUUGUGGUGAACACGUUUGGGAGGCUACACUGCAGGAGAAGAGAAAUUUGUAAUGUUGAAAUAUAAACCGCAUGUGUUGCCUAUGGGUCUAAUUAGGAAAAAGCAGUAUGAAAAUCAGGAAAAUUGUUGUGGGUUUCUUUCAUGUUUUGUUUUUGUUUUGUUUUCCCAAUUUGUAAGUCCAGGUCCUAUAAGUGUGCCACAUUCAGAUGCUGUGAAUGUAACAUCAUUAGUCUUGUGUGGGGUCAUUUCAUUUUAUGAAUUCUAAGAGUUCUAUAUGUAUUCCUUCUAGUUGGUACCUAAACAAACCAGAUUCUCUUGCCUUUGCUACCAUGACUUAUUUCAAUGUCAUGCAACGAACCGGUAUAUGUGGGGACAGUUGUACAUUGUAAUUUUUUUAAAAGGUAGCUCUUUAAGCCCAUGGCACUGAUUCUCUCCUUUCAUAGCUUUUUACUCUAGUAAGACAAUUAAAUGAAACCUCUCAUACAAAAAUCUAAACUUUCCCGUUUGUAUGGAUCCUAGUCACUUUGACCCAGAUUCCAAGUUGAUGCUGAGUUACAAAGCACAUCCUGAUUUUAUAUACAGAAGAUUCCAGAAUGCAAUGAUUUGUAGGACUUUUGAACGGGAUCAUUUAACCAUUUGAAAAAAAAAUGUUUAGAAACCAAACACCCCUACUUUUGAAUUUUAGAUGUGAUACAGCCCAUGUUGUCUUUUUUAGCCAGGGUCGGAACUUGUAACAGUCAGAUUCAGUAUAUGGUUUUAGCAGUAAAUCUGAGAAUUUCUUCCCUUGCUUCUUAGAGUUAUUUUCUGAGCAGACUGUCACCAAUAUUGGUAACUAAUCAUUUAAGAGAAAAGUUGCAUUGCAGCUAUGUAUUACUGUCUUAGAACUUUCCUUAUGUUUUAGUGACUCAAGAGUACUGAUGGGAUCACUUACUGUAUGAAGCUCCUUCUACAGAAGGGCCCCUUCUGUAAGCAGAACACAAAUGACAUGCUCAAGGAGUAUCCCUUUUCUAGAGAUUAAGUUUGCUAGUAACUCCUUUACACUAGCUGUUUCUUUGUAUCCCUUUGCUGGCAAGGGAGUACAAGGAGUCAAACCACAGAUCAGAGCACCCCACAUUUGAGUGGAGACUUAUUUUUACUCUAAGGGGAGUUAUUCCCCCAAGUCUGAAACUGGCAAUUUUUUUUUUCUCUUAUAUAAAAAUUAAAAAAUAUCCCCUAAACCAGUGGAAAAAAAAGACACUGGCUGCACUUAGUACUGCCAAAAGCCAAGGUCAUUUGCACAUAUUCCAUCAACCUGUCAAGAAUUAGGCCUCUCUUUAUAACCCACGGCAUGGAAGUGCAUGCAUUCUCUUAGCUGGGCAAACAAUUCUACUGUAGUUGUGAUACAACACACGUGGCUUUUAUUUGUACUGCACAUACCCACUGUACAGCCACUUGGGAGUAUCGUGGUUAGCUUGCAGCAACUGCCGUCUGCAUUUAUACUGUUUAUUGCAUAUUCUUUUCCCUGGAAGUGAAAGAGAAAUGUUUUCUUGUUGCAUUGAUUACAUUUUAUAAAUUUGCUUAGCUGGAAAGUUUGGGAAAAGAGGCCUGUUUGUCAAUUGUACAACCGAUUGUGAAGCUUAGUGUGAAUAUUUUUACGUCUGUAUUAGACAUUUUCUUUGCAAAUCUAUUGUUCGAUUGAAAUGUAAAUGAAAUUAAAGAUGGUGUACACCCAUCAUGUAAAAAGCAAGCACCAUCUCUAAGAUGGAUUUAAUGCUCAUUUUUAAGGCAUAUACUCAGCUUCUAUUUAAAACUAUAAAAUAAUUCUGUACAAUGAGAUGGGGAAUAUAUAUGGGAAUAAAUUCUAUUCCAUUUAUUUCAAUUUGAAUUUCCAAAUUGUAAUGUUUCCCUUUGUGCUAUAGGAAUAGGAUUAAAUGGGGGAAAGGCUAGGACUUAAGGCCUGUAUAUGGGGGGUGGGCAGAGAUGGAACAAUGAGGGUUGUGAUGAUAGUGAAUAGCAAAGAGUGAAUCCUGUGUGUUUUUGCUGUAGCACUGAAGUGAAGAGAUAUUAGCUUUGGCUGUUCACAAAAUAGAGCAUCAUGAUUUUCAGUGUUUGAGAGAAAACUGAUGGAAAAAGUUUGCAGUACUUGACAUGUAUUUGCAUGCACAAAAUAAAAUUAUUUGUCCACCUUAAAA